GCUUCCGGCCAGCCAUUCUGGUAUCUACAAAUGUGAGAGAGGGAUGCUUUUGGACUAGGUUGACGUGGCAUUUCUCGUGGCGAAAUGAAAAUACACAUGUCGACAACGUAAAAUGGUUAAGUCGUGGAAUAAAACUAUACGUAUUUUCCUUUUAUGCUUUACUUGGUACUCUAUUAGUUCGCUCAACAAUAUAAACAAUAAGAAAUUAUUAACGUUGUUUCCUCAUCCAAUUUCCUUGUCUUUAAUUCAUGUUCUUUCAUCAUCGGUUUUUCUUGGACCUAUUCUGAAUUUGUGGAAAGUACCAAAGAAGCCGAAGCUCAAUUACAAAACGUUUUUACAACUUAUUGUUCCUCUGGGUUUGGGCAGAGUGUUUGGAUCUGUUUCGGCUCAUGUAACGAUAUGGAAAGUUCCUGUCUCUUAUGCUCACACAGUGAAGGGUACUAUGCCAAUCUUUACUGUGGUACUCACUAGGAUAAUUGUUGGAGAAAAAUAUACUUGGAAGGUAUAUCUAUUACUCAUACCAAUCAUAAGUGGAAUUACAAUUGCUACAUUGACAGAAAUUUCUUUUAACAUUGUGGGAUUAAUCAGUGCACUUGUAUCAACAUUGUGUUUUGCCUUACAAAACAUGUAUUCAAAAAAGGUUUUAGAAGUCUUAAAGAUGAACCAUUUGAGAUUGUUACAAGAAAUAUCAAAGGUUUCAGUUAUAUCUCUCAUUCCAUUUUGGAUAUAUUACGACUAUAUUGACGUCAUGAGAAUGAGUAAUUUUAAAAACGAACAAAAUUCUGAUGCAUUGUGGGUGAUUGGAUCUCUGCUGGUCAGCGGUCUUUUAAAUUUUGCUCAAAGUGUGGUGUCGUUUACUGUUCUCAAACUUGUUUCACCUUUAAGUUAUUCAGUUUGUACUGCUGCAAAGAGAAUAUUAGUAAUUGCCGUUUCAUUACUUGUUCUCAAAAAUCCUGUAACAAUCUUGAAUAUUUAUGGCAUGAUUAUAGCAAUACUUGGCGUUUUAUUUUAUAAAAAGGCAAAACUUGAUGCUCGACGAAUGGAAAAUGAACUACCAGUGGCAGUCGACAAUAAAUCUAAAUUACUAUUUAAUCCGAAUGGUCAUGCGCAUUUAUAUUAGAUUAUUGCUUUUAUUGUGUUGAUAUGCAGUUGUUAAGAAUGAUGAAUCGAAAUGUGUCAUGUCGCUUUCCAGUAGAAAUACGGAGAUAUAUAGUAGACAUAUAUGUAUAAAUAAAUACUUAUAUGAGUAUUUUAGAACACGUGAGUCAAACUGUUUUCUGUAAGUUGCGAUAUUGUUGUUUGCCUGUACUGGCCAGAACGAAUGUUACAUAAAUCGAUUCUAAGAAAUAACGUGAGGCACACAUGGAUAUAAGCGGGUGUUCGCGAGAGGUUCAGUACACUUAUUUUUGGAGUAUAAGAAGUGUUUCACUGAAAGCGCGACUGCAAUUUAACAAAUGCUCGCAUGUAUCAAGUAUUAACAAAAAACAGAUGAUAAUAUAUAUUUUGUUAUUAUUGCAAAAGCAAAUUAUUUAAAUUUCAAGAUAUUGGUGUACAUUAUCACUAAAUCUAGUUGUCUCAAAAUUUUAUAUAAAUUUCCA